UUUCUGCUAGUUCACGGAUCCCUCGCCCGUGCCGGCAAAGUCAAGUCGCAGACCCCCAAGGUCGAAAAGCAGGAGAAGAAGAAAACUCCCAAGGGCCGUGCUAAGAAGCGGAUGAUCUACAACCGUCGCUUCGUGAAUGUCACCACUCUCCCCGGUGGCAAGCGGAGAAUGUGA